CCUGGGUCAGAGCGGGCUGGGGACGUCUGGAGAAAACGGCGCCUGGUUGGGGGGCUGGGCCUGGGGCUCUGCCGGACCGGUGGCCGCGCUCGGGCUCUGCGCCGGUGUGUGCCCCCCUCUGACCCUGGAGAGCCUCGCACCUGCAGGAAGGAAGGACUUUCUAGGCCUGCCCAGAGGAAAUGUCUGGCCCUGAAACAGACCAGAGUCGUCCUGGCCGCGGUGGCGUCUGAGUGCUCCAGGAACGGAUCACGUUGGCCCUCGGCCACUAGCCGCGUCCUCCAGGCGGGUGGGGUGUGCGCCGGGAUGGAGAGACGGGAGGUGAAGCCGCGGGGCCGGGCCCCGAGGGAGACCCUGGACAGCGACAAAGAAGACAGCUGCAUCUUAAGCCCCUAUGCAGAUGUGGUGGACAGUCCAGUCCCAGAUAGAGCCCCCAGUCCAGAGGGCUCUCUGGACAAUACUCCCAGCCCUGAAGGCCCCUUCCCUGGCCCAGACAGGACCCCCACCCCAGAAGGCCGUUUCCCUACUCCAGAGGGUGCCCCUUCUCCUGCCAGUCCCAGCACUAGCCCUGGUCCUGAGGGCCUCAAAAGCUUUACCUAUUCCCCAAAAGGCAUCCCUGACCCAGAUGGUGCCCCUACCUCUACUCAGUCUGAUCUCCCAGGGCAGGACAGCGACUUCAGCACUGGGGGCCUCCUCCCUGGGCUUGAAGGCACCCCAGGUUUGGCAAACCUAGUUCCUGGGGCAGCAGGCUCAGGCCUUUCUGGCAUCAGUGUUGGUGAUGGUAGUGCUGCCCGACCACCCAGCCCACCACGGCCCUUCCACUGCCCGGACUGCGGGCGUUCCUUCCGUCGAAGCUCAGGGCUGAGCCAGCACCGUCGUACACACAGUGGGGAGAAGCCAUAUCGAUGCCCUGACUGCGGCAAGUCUUUCAGCCAUGGAGCCACGCUGGCCCAGCACCGUGGCACACACACUGGUGCUCGUCCCUACCAAUGUAGCGCCUGUGGCAAGGCCUUUGGCUGGCGCUCCACGCUGCUGAAGCACCGAAGCAGCCACAGUGGUGAAAAGCCACACUUGUGCCCACGAUGUGGCAAGGCUUUCAGCCAUGGCUCCCUGCUAGCCCAGCACCUACGCACCCAUGGUGGUGCCCGCCCGCAUAAGUGUCCAGUCUGUGGCAAGGGUUUCGGGCAGGGCUCUGGCCUGCUCAAACACCUGCGUACACAUACAGGUGAGAGGCCCUAUUCCUGUCCCCAGUGUGGCAAGGCUUUUGGGCAGAGUUCAGCCCUCUUACAGCACCAACGCACACACACAGCCGAGCGCCCCUAUCGAUGCCCACAUUGCUCCAAGGCCUUUGGCCAGAGCUCCAACUUGCAGCACCACCUGCGUACACACACCGGUGAGCGGCCUUACGCCUGCCCUCACUGCUCCAAGGCCUUUGGCCAAAGUUCUGCCCUCCUGCAGCACCUCCAUGUGCACUCUGGUGAGCGUCCCUACCGCUGCCGAAUCUGUGGCAAGGGCUUUGGCCAGGCCUCCAGCCUCACCAAGCAUCGACGGGUCCAUGAGGGUGCUCAGAGUGGCAUCUAUGAUGGUGUCCAGGGAGGCAUUUAUGAGGGGAUGCAGAAUCAUGUCUAUGAGGGCAGACAAGGGGCUAUCUAUGAAACCCUUCAGGAGAAUGUCUUCAAGGACAUCCAGGCGAGUACUCAGGGAAACAUCUAUGAGAGUGUCCAAAAUGAAGUCUAUGAGGUGGUCCAUGAUGAUACAUAUGAGGAAAUGCAGGAGGGUGUGCAUGAAAAUGCCCAAGAUAAUGUCUUCCAAGGUGUCCGAGAUGAUGUCUACAAGAGUGCCCGGAAUGAUGCCUAUGAUGGCAUCCCAGAGGAUAUGAACAAAGAUGCCCAGGACAAUGUCUAUGGGGGUGAUCGAGAUGAAAUUUAUGAGCAAGUCCAGGAUGAUAUCUACAAGGACAUCCAAGAGGUUGACAAAGAGGGAAUCCAUGAGACCUCUGCAGGGGCACCCUCCACCUUGCCUCCUACUGGUGAGGACAAUGAAGAUGAUUAUGGUGGUGGUGACUAUGGUGAUGAAUUUGAUGAUGAUGCUACCUUUAGAGGUGGUGACUAUGGUGAUGAGGACAAUGAAGAUGACUAUGGUGGUGGUCACUAUGGUAAUGAAUUCAAUGAUGAUGCCACCUUUAGAGGUGGUGACUAUGGUGAUGAAUUCGAUGAUGAUGCCACCUUUGGAGGUGGUGACUAUGGUGAUGAAUUCGAUGAUGAUGCCACCUUUAGAGGUGGUGACUGUGGUGAUGAAUUUGAUGAUGAUGCCACCUAUGAAGGUGGCAAGUAUGAUGGUGGUGAUGGCGAUGGCAAUAGCGAUGGCGAUGAUGGAGAUGACUGAAGUUCCCUUGCUUAGGGGCCCAGCUGGGGACAAGGGGAAGAGGCAGUGCUAGGGCCUGAGGGGUGAGGGCUGGAU